AAAGGAACAAGCCCAAUCCAGUACAUUGCUGCACAUCUGUCAAAGAUAUAUGGUUUAGAUUGGAGCCCAACACAAGAGCAUCAGUUGGCAUCUUGUGGCCAGGACUACAGUGUAAAGUUCUGGGAUGUGACAAAUCCUAGAAAGGUUGAGAGCACUUUAGUAUCUGGAGCUCCAGUUUGGAGAGCUAGAUAUACUCCAUUUGGAGAAGGGAUGAUCACAGCUGUCGUUCCUCAGCUGAGACGGGGAGAGAACAGUCUCAUUCUCUGGAAUACUUCUAACUUGAGUAAUCCUGUUCACACUUUUGUGGGUCACUCUGAUGUUGUCCUGGAAUUUGAGUGGAGUAAGUUAGGAGAAGAAUCUAAAGAUUAUCAACUCCUGACGUGGUCUAAGGAUCAAAGCUUACGUAUUUGGAGCAUUGAUUCCCAGCUACAGCAGCUGUGUGGACAUGAAGUGUUUCUUGAGGAAGAAGGAGAAUUUCUUUCUCUUGGAGCAGUAGCUGUUAAUGAUUUGGACGCAGCUGAAACCACUAGUCAGGCAUCUCAGACCAGCUUGCGGGAUACUGAUGGAACAGGUCAGAUUACUCCACCUAAAACCACUGAUAAAAAGGAUAAUUCGUCAAACAAUCAAAAAUCUCCAGCUGCUCAGAGCCCAUUACCAUCUCAACCCCAGACUCUUCAACAAGAAUUUACACUGAUUAAUUUGAAUAUUCCAAACAUUAGCAUUGAUGAGAUGGACCCCAUUAAGCGUACCUGCACAGUGACAGCUGUUAAUGGAAAGCAUUGUGUAUGUCUGAAGUUGACCUUUCCAGCAUCUUAUCCUUACAAGGCACCUCCAACUUUUCAGUUUUCCAAAAGGACAACAGUGGAUAACAAUCUUAAAACAAAGCUUAUAAAGGUGUUAAGAACAACAUCAGUUCAACAAGUGAAACGAAACAGGUCUUGUUUGGAGCCAUGUCUGAGACAGCUGGUAGCUACAUUGGAAUCGUGUACUUCAGAUGGUCAAGACCAGCAAAAUCAAACGAGUCCAUUCCAUAUUGAACCAGGAAAAGAACAGUAUCCUGGAAUAAAUGUUCCAGUGUAUGGCAGCUUUCAAGAUGCAAGUGUACCCUUUCCUCGCACAUCAGGAGCUAGAUUUUGUGGAAGUGAUUUUCUUGUGUGUUUUGGUCGUCCCCCACACCUCCAGAGAAUGAAUGUCCCUACUGAGCUAACACCCAGAUCACUUUCAGCCUUGGGAGCCUAUCUUUCAUCUCACAUUUUGCCUAUAAAAAGUCGAAGCACACCAUCUUCUUCCCAGUAUCACCUCAUGUAUCCUCCAGUAGCCCGUAGUCCAACUGGUGACUCGUCUGUCUCAAUAUCCUCUUUUUAUUACCAAGAUAGAGCUCAUAAACAAAAGAUAGAUCGAAAACACUCCCGCAAUAAGAGAGAGAGGAGGUCCUCUUCACAAACACAAACAAGUACACUUGGUACUGUAAUGUUAUAUAGUGUUCUUGGGUUGAUACCUAUAAGUCCUGCCUUAGCACAGCAUUAUGUUCUAGGUGGUGACACUCAAACAAUUUGUAAAAAAAAUGCGUCAGUGGCAGCUGAAUUUGGUAGAAAAGAUCUUGUGCAGGUGUGGCAACUUGCAGCAUUAAUUGCUAGUACUGAAUUGUCUCCAAGUAGUGAUCCAGAUGAUGGAGUUCCAUGGUCCCAACAUCCUUUUGGACGACGACUUCUUCAAUCUCUUAUCAACCACUUUAUCAAGAUUCACGAUAUUCAGACAGCAGCAAUGAUAUGUUGUGUCUUCCACUCUUGUCAGGAAAACAUUGUAAAGAGAAGCCACUCAGUUAUUGACAUUGGAUUGACCUCGCAUCUGUCAGGAAAAUGGUGGCAAAAGGAACCAGCCACAGGGGGUUCCAUGGUCCCGGACAGUCAGCUGCAAGUUUCCAGGACUCUUAGCUGCAGGGCUCUGUUACAAGUAGCCAAAGUGUUAACAGCAAGGCCUAGUGGUUCACCUUACCACACGGUAGUCCCAACUGACAAUUCCUGGGAUGGUUGGAGUCUUGUGUCUAAAACAAAGAGAAACAGGUCCAACAGUUGGACAGAUUCUGUUGAAGAGUUUAGGCUCCUGGAUGCUAUAUUUAAAACAAAAGAAGCUGAACAAGAGAAGCAUGAAUCUUGUGUGAAGCUACUUGAUCCACAGUUAGCUACUCAGUAUGACCAGUUUAAGAAGACUUAUGCUGAAAUCCUAUACCGCUGGAAACUUCUUGAGCAGCGAGCUAUGGUGUUGAAAAAUGUCUUAACAGUUCCUGAAAAACACAAAGGUGUUGAGUUUGUGACUGACUGUCAACACUGCCACAAGGAUGGAAGAGGAGCACAGUGUUUCCACUGCAAGGAAUAUAACUUUCAAUGUGUGAUUUGUCAUGUUUCUGUCAAAGGUUCAUCAAACUUCUGUCUAGUCUGUGGUCAUGGUGGACACACGCACCAUAUGUUAGCAUGGUUCCAGGAAAUGGAGGUGUGUCCAUCAGGGUGUGGAUGUCAUUGUAUAGAAAAGAGUGACAUAUUUGGGCCAUAAUGUUACUGAGAUUUACUAAGACUUGUAAAACAAUGCAAAGUGUAUCCUACCAGAACUGAAAUUAUACCACCCGUUUAUUGUUUUGGUGUAUAGAAAACUACAAAACGGGUAUAUUUUACCUUUCGUACAUUUCUGUUUGUUUGUUCUUUUGAAAAUUCAAAAUACACUAAUUAAAGAGAAGUAUUAGUGUGUGAA